AAUGCAAUAAAAAAGCAAGAUACACCAGUCAAAUAGGAUUCAUCAUGGCCAGCACCUCUCGUGCCGGCAGGGCUGGCACCUCCCGUAGUGGCAGGAAUGCCACUCAAUCUUCUCAGUCGCAGCAGCCUGAAGUACUCACGGAAAUUGACGACAAAGUGCGCACUAUUUUGAAAUACAUUCUGGAUCACUCGGCGGCAAAGAUACCAAUGAAGGAGAAGGACUUAGUUCCACUAGCUGGGACUAAGCCUGAGCUUCACAGCCGCCUUCCGUUGGUGGCCAAACUGUUAGCGGAGCGCUAUGGCAUUCGACUGCACCAAUUGAAUGACGCCACCAAGAUGUACAUUUGCAUGGCCGAGGCGCCCAUGGCCUCCAUUCACGAAUUGACGCCCGAGCAGCGUCCCCAGCUAACGCUGCUUUUCCUUGUACUGAUGUACAUAUUUCUGCGCCAAAUGCGCGUCGAGGAUACAAAGCUGUAUGCAAUGUUGGCCAUGCUGGGCAUCCGCGUGGACGAGGAUCACGCCUACUUUGGCAGCAAUUUGCGGAAACAAAUCGAGGAUACCUUCGUCAAGCAGCGGUAUGUAAAGCGAGAGCGCUCACAGCCGGAUAGUGCUUACGAGGAGGUCAAAACCUACUUCAUUUGGGGCUUGCGCGCCAAGGCGGAGUUCACCUACGAGCAGAUUGUUGAAUUCUCUUCAAAAAUACUCAAGCAACACCCCACAAACUUCUCCGAAUUGCUGGAGAUUGCCAAGUCGUAUGAUAAUAACAAUUGAAAUAUGUAUGUACAUUAAACUGAAAUUUGUUUUUUAAUA